AUGCCUGUCCUCCUUCGGGCGACGGGCGCUGGCUCGCGUCAGAUCGGUCCAAUCAGGCCUACAUCACAGGCAUCAAACGAUACGUUAAGGGUUCCUACAGCUACAAGUAGAAGGGUAUCCCAACAAUCAGUAUCAGCUAGCCUCGUCACCGGAAAUACUGUUAUCCCCGGGGUUAGAAGAACAGCCUCAGCUGCCACUCCAGGAGCACAAACAUGGAGAGAAUGGUUUCGAUUAGCUUAUAGACGUUAUUAUCUCAAAAACCUCAUUCCUCUAUUGGUGAUAAUGUUCUACAUGCUAAUCGGAUCUCUGAUAUUCUAUUGGUUAGAAGGCUCUCAUGAUUCAAAUGUCAAAGAGGCAGCUUAUAGACAUUAUAAAAAAGAAAGGGAAUUCUUCUACAGACGUGUGGAAGAAAUAGUUCAAGAUAAGGCUUUAGCAACACGGGUUUCUCGGAAGAAGGCAGUACUUGAUGCCAUCACAUACUUCGAGGAAAAUAUUGGCUUUUCUAUUUCCCCUAAAUCCCCUUGGGAUCUCAUGACUGCCAUGUACUAUUCAGGAACGUUAUUCACUACAAUCGGGUAUGGUGAUGUAUCAUGUGUUACUACAGCUGGAAGAAUUCUGACUGUUAUUUAUUCCUGCAUCGGAAUCCCGUUGAUGCUCAUUACGUUGAAUGAUUUAGGAAAAUUUCUUUAUAAUAAUAUCAACGGAUGUGUCAAGAAAAUUGAUAAUGUUUACCUGGGUGUGAUACGUAUGUGUAAAAAACCAUGCCAGGCUACAGCUCCAGAUGAGGUGGAUAUGGUUGAAAGGGGAGAUGGUGGGCCUGCUGGUGAUGUAUCGUCUGUAGCUUCUGAAAUCGGCUCUGAACAUAACGAAGAUGAGCUAGAAGAUGAGGAACUGGGGCGACAACCUCCUCGAAUGAGUGUUAAGGUUGCUUUGGGUAUAACCAUAGGGUGGAUCUUCUUCUGUUCUUUCUUGUUUCGGUUAUGGGAAGAUUGGACGUAUGGAGAGAGUCUAUACUUCAUGUAUAUUUCCUUAUCCACUAUUGGAUUGGGUGAUAUAUCGGUCGCCAGAAGAGAUAUGAUGGUUUUGUGCUUUGUUUUCGUGAUUGUUGGACUAUCACUCGUUAGCAUGUGCAUCAAUGUGGUUCAGGUGGCCCUGGAAGACUUUUAUAUCAACAUGAUGAUGAAGCUGAUCAUGGAAUACCAGGAGAAACUGGCUGCCGGUGGUGAUCGUAUGGGUGCUUCUGUUGGCAUGAUGAAAAUGUGGGGAAACAACAGAACAGCUAAGCUUCUAAUGCCUUUGUUGAGUAAAGAGAAGAAGAAAAUGGCUAUGGAGAAAGUUGAAGUUGAAGCUAAAAGCCAGGGAUUAGAUGUUCCAACCAUACUGACAGAUUUAGAUGAUAAGACAGGUAUGCCUAAACUGCUCUGCAUCGAAGAAGAUUCUGAUGAAAACAAUGUGUCCUUGGAGUUGGAAGCUAUGGUACAGAAGCAGAUAUUAGAUGAAGAAGCAGCUGUUUUACCUAUUUAUAUAGCGCAUGAUUCGGAAACGCAAACAGAUUCCAUUACUUGCGUAGAAAAAAUGGAACAAACUGUAGAAAUUCAAGCUACUGAUGAAUGCAUGCAAACGGAAUCAGAAGAAAGAUUGGAACGAGGAGAAGUUGAGACACAGACAGAUUCAUUCCAAGCCUCAACAAGUAAUGCUGAAAUUCAAACAGCCAAAAUAGAUUUAUGCGAUGCUGAUACCAUCACAGCGGCUCAACAAACAGAUGAUGAGUGCAUUCAAACCGAUGAAAGACAAAUCAUGGAUCAGGAAGUACAGACUCAUAUUGCAGAACAAAAUGAUGCUCAAACAAUUACGGAGAUCGAAACAAAGAAUAUUAGGAUACAAACACCUUGUCCAGUUAUUGAACAGAAAACUAUUCAAACGGAAGAUCUCGAAGAAAGAAAGUCACCAUCGAAAAUGUCUGAAGCUAAAAAACGUUUCCGUAGAGCCUUCGCUAAGCCUUCAAAACAGCGAUCUCUAGAACCUGCUAUGAGUGAUUGGAAGGAAGUAGAUGAAGAAGAGAAUUCGAAUGCUGAAGAGGUUGAAGAUGAAGGAUCAGUGGAAUCACUCCAUUGGGACCCAGUUGAUGGAAUGCACGCGGAAAAGCAGUUACCAGUCUCCCGCCUGAAGGAUAUGUUCGACAAAAACUUCCAGGAUUCCAAGAAACGAUUCGAGUGA